AUGAAGAUCACUUGUGCUCUGCUUCUUUUGGCCAUAGUUGGGUGUUUCCUGGUGAGCCUGUCCAGUGCUGCCAGUUCCACAACCACAACAGAGGCCAGCACCACCACCACUACAACAACGGCCUCCUCUUCGGACACCACCACCACCACCACUGCUUCCUCGGACACCACUACCACCACCACUGCUUCGUCCUCCACUAAGAAGAAGAAGCACGUGAUCCACUACAAGCGGAAGGUCCACCGCCCGAAGAAAAUCAGGAAGAUCCACCGCAAGAUUAACAGGAGCCGCAGGGGUUAA